AAAUUUUGGUGGUUUAGUUAUCUUUUUCGACAAGUUAUUUUGGCUUUCUCAGUCCAAACUCAAUGUAAGUUACCUUGUAAUUCAAAGGGAUUUUGACUUUUCUCAUCAGUUAGGUUUCUUGGGUCAUUGAAUUAUAGUGCCUGCAUAUAUGAGCUCUGGUUUCUUUUUAUAUUUUUAAUCCAAUUGCUCAUAUAUAUUCUAAUUAACAAGAGUUUGUGAAGAUUGUUUACCUCUUUAAAUUAUACUUCCGCAUGUUCUUCAGGUGGCAUAUAACAAUUUCAAUUUUCGUAGGGUAAUUAGCAUGAUCAAUAAUGAAAAAACAAAAAUGAUAAUUGGUUUUCGAACUAGAAGAUACAUAUAAGUGUGUAAUUUAGAGAGUGAUCAUUCAUGAAAGUAUGUAUGCUGCUGUACAUAAUAUGUUAGAUUAUUUUUGGUCUGAACCCUCCUGUCUCUAGGGAAGGGGGCCUGGUAAUUCGGUUUUCGGACAAGAGGUAAGGAAAGUUUGACCAAGGAUUGUUUUGGCUAGGAUUCAAAUUAUGGUUCUCUCAAAGGAUUCAUCCUUAAUCGCAGCUCUUUAGCCCCUUGAGUCCGAUCACUUGGUUACACAAUAUUGUUAGAUUUUGACUAGAUUUUAAAUUUUAACAUGCAAAGCAAUUGUCAUUUAAUCAUUUGGUUUAUUGGUAAUAUCUACCUACCAAUACAAUCUAGAUGUUUCGUUCUGCACUCUCUUUCUCUCUCUCUCUCUCUCUCUCUCUCUCUCUCUCUCUCUUCUUAUUCACUAACCUCUGUGAUCUGAAGAUUCCAGUGGAAGUUCAGUGAUCUGAAUUAUUAAUUUAAUUCAAUACUUUUAUGCUUACUUUCUAAUAUGCCUCCUGAUCAGAGAAAAAAGUCAUCUGUAGAUGUAGACUUCUUUACAGAAUAUGGUGAAGGGAGUAGAUACAUGAUAGAGGAAGUAAUUGGUAAAGGAAGCUAUGGUGUGGUUUGCUCUGCAUAUGAUACACACACCGGAGAAAAGGUUGCAAUAAAGAAAAUCAAUGACAUAUUCGAACAUGUUUCUGAUGCUACCCGCAUUCUUCGUGAGAUCAAGCUUCUUAGACUCCUACGUCAUCCUGAUAUUGUGGAGAUCAAGCAUAUUUUGUUACCUCCUUCUAGAAGGGAAUUCAAAGAUAUAUAUGUUGUUUUUGAACUUAUGGAAUCAGAUUUACAUCAAGUCAUCAAAGCAAAUGAUGACUUGACAAAAGAACAUUACCAAUUUUUUCUCUAUCAGCUUCUUCGGGGUUUGAAGUAUAUACACACAGCAAAUGUUUUUCAUCGUGAUCUAAAGCCAAAAAACAUUUUAGCAAACGCUGACUGCAAACUGAAGAUUUGUGAUUUCGGUCUUGCCAGAGUAGCUUUCAAUGAUACACCCACUGCUAUAUUCUGGACAGAUUAUAUUGCAACAAGGUGGUAUAGGGCUCCUGAGUUGUGCGGAUCCUUUUUCUCCAAGUAUACACCGGCUAUAGACAUAUGGAGCAUUGGCUGCAUUUUCGCGGAACUUUUAACUGGAAAACCUCUUUUCCCAGGGAAGAAUGUUGUCCAUCAAUUGGACCUCAUGACUGAUUUCCUUGGAACACCAUCUCCUGAAGCCAUUGCUAGGAUACGAAACGAGAAAGCUCGGAGAUACUUGAGCAGCAUGCGGAAGAAGAAGCCAGUUCCUUUGUAUCAGAAGUUUCCUAAUGCAGACCCCCUUGCUCUUCGUGUGCUAGAAAGAAUGUUGGCAUUUGAUCCUAAGGAUCGACCUACUGCUGAAGAGGCUCUAGCGGAUCCAUAUUUUAACGGCUUGGCCAAGUUUGAAAGAGAGCCUUGUGCUCAGCCAGUUAGCAAAAUGGAAUUUGAAUUCGAGAGACGCAGGGUAACGAAAGAAGACGUUCGAGAGCUUAUAUACAGAGAAACUCUGGAGUACCAUCCAAAGAUGUUGAAGGAACAUCUAGAAGGGGCAGAGCCAACAGGAUUCAUGUAUCCUAGUGCUGUGGACCACUUCAAGAAGCAAUUUGCAUACCUUGAGGAGCAUUAUGGAAAAGGUGGUACGAUUAGUCCACUUGAUAGGCAACAUGCAUCAUUACCCAGGCAGUGUGUGUUGUAUUCUGACGACUCAAGACAGAAUAUGGCUGAGGUUGCAGCAGAUGAUCUCUCCAAGUGCUGCAUCAAAGAAGUUGAGAAGCCAGUCAUUGAUAGGACUGGUGGUGUUGCUAUGAAUAGGAUGCCUUUACAAGCUCCUCAAAAUAUUCAAGGUGUGAUGACUAAUCGAAGUGUUGCCCCACGGCCCAGAAAAGUUGCGGGUUCUGUAUUGCACAACAAUUGUGGGGUGGCAGGGGCUGAGCAACGGAGGACGAUUAAAAAUCCAUCUGUUUCAGCUCAGUAUGCAGCUUCAAGCUGUUCAUAUCCUAAAAGAAAUCCAAGCUGUAAAAACGAGAGAGCAGAAGAUGGGAUCGAAGGUUCUAAUGGACUUCAGUCAAAGCCUCAAUACAUAGCACGAAAAGUUGCUGCUGCUCCAGGUGGAGCUGGCAGUAACUGGUAGAAUUUCGAUAUGUUGAAUUUUGUUGUUGAGUCUGAAAGCUGUACUUGUGCCUGGCAAAUGGUAUCUGGAUUCUUUACAACAAACGAAGAUCAAUCAUCUGUAUUGAAUUAAAGAUAUGAGUGGCAUAACUUUGGUUGCUAAUUGCUAUCAAAAAGUGGGAAAGCCAACAGGGUUAAAAGACUAAUGGAGUUUCUAGCUGAUGUUUUUAUUAGGUCUUGCAAUUGUGUCACCGAUUUGAAGUUCGGAAGGUUCCACAAUGGCUGAUUAUGAUUGUCUUGCUCUCUAGUUUUUUAAUAACAGAGAAUGAGAGAUCUUAAAAAGGCAUGAAAUGUAGGCAGUGCAGUUACUGUGUUACAUGUAUGUGCUGUUCUCUUUGUUGCAGAAUGCAAAGCCAUUGGUAUUGUUCUCAUUUUUCGGCACCACCAAACAUUGAUAUUUGUUUGUAGUUUAUAAUCAAAAUAAUGGUUUCUAACUCGUGUAUGCUCACCGAGUUCUUGCUCUCUUCACUCUUGUAUAAUAAGUGAGCAGUCAACAUUUGACAAAAAUGUAAAAUGAUGUUUUAAUGAAUUUCUAUGCAGUUGCUGCAGUAA